AUGUUGUUGAUCCUGCACACCACGCUGGUCACCCUGCGCCUGCACACCACGCUGGUCACCGUGCGCCCCUGUACCGCCCCGUCCCCUCUCCGCGCGGGCCGCCCAAGCGCAAAAGGCUGGCAAAAGGGCCUGCCAGAGGGGUUUGUGCUCGACGAGACGCCUCCAUCGGAGCAGCCUGCCCCCGAGCCCGCACCGACGGGCAACGCAUCCUAUCCCAGCAGCUGUCUCGACCCCGCCGUGAUCGAUCUCGAUCUGAUGCUGGCGCUCAACGCCGCCGACGCCGACGCCGUCGCCGCAGAAGCCGACGCAAUCUUUGGUGCGAUUGACACAAACGGCGACGGCUCUGUCUCCCUCGACGAGCUGUCCGAGCACCUCUUCGCCGAAGCCGGGAACCCCGCGGCGGAGCGCAUUUUUGCCGCGAUCGACGCGGAUGCCGAUGGCGAGAUCUCGUCUGCGGAGCUGCGCAAUGCCUUCUCGCGCUCGGCGAGCGCGAGCAUUCGGAUGGCGCUGGGGCUGGCCAGCGGCUCGCCUCGCGCGAGGCCGGCCACGCCCCAGCCGACCGACCGCUCCGCGCUGGCCGACGAGCUGUUCGAGGCGCUCGACGCAGACGCCGAUGGCCGAAUCUCCGGCUACUACCACGUGACGGUCGACGCCAUCUUUGGCGCGAUGGACCUAGACUCGGACGGCGAGGUGUCACGGGAGGAGCUGCGGCACGUCUUUUCGAGGUACCAGUUCUCGGCGCUGCGGCUGGCGCUGGGCUAUCGGUAG